AUGGCUGAAUCGCGUUCCUCUGACCCCCGUCCGUCCUCCCCAUACGUGUUUGGAGACGCCACGUUGCCCUCUUCCGAUCACAAUUCACACCUACGCAAGCUAUUGCAUUCUCCGUCUUCGGACCACCGACCCCCCUCUUCCUUGUCUCAUGAUUCACAAGAACAAUCUCGUAAUAUGUCAGCCUCUUCAAACUCCAAGGAACCAUCUCAUCUGAAUGUUGACCAUGAUAGACAUAAUCCCACAAGUCGUCGAGGCGUUCGCGAACAUCAAUCUUUUGAUUUUAACAUGCGCAGACAUUCAAUCGCUGUCGGCCAAAACCCCAUCACCCUUCCUCACCUAUCGUCGACAGCACAUGGGACCAAGAGAAAGAUGUCUGUGGAUCGAAGUGUAUUUGCCCCAGUUGGUGAGGAUAUAGAUCCUCAACUAGUUGGUCCCGGCGUACCCAGUGGAAUGGAUAUGGACGCAGACGCGCCUGCGCCUAAACGACGCGGCUCUGCUAUCGACACCCAACGAAUAUCCCAGCUGAGUUUAAAUGAUCGUCGCAACUCGGUAGAUUCCCGAGCGGCGCAGUGGUUUGUGAACGAGAGACGGGACUCGGCUCCUUCCGUGUUUCCCAACGUUUCAAGCAUGUCUCCCUACAACCCAGGCUUCAAUCCCGGUGAUUCAUCGCAUAGUCGCCUUCCCCAAAGUAUGACUUCCUUCUCGUGGCCAGUCAAUUCACAGCCUGCAGACCAAGAAACUCCAUCAAUGCAGAGCGACGGGGAUUCUAACAUGAGUUCGCGUCCUUUUGAUUCAAGUACUCACAUGAACAUUGUCCCUUCCAUGAAUUAUCCUCCUGAUCGGCGGAUGUCCGUUCCCGAUACGCUUACACAUUCUGGACCGACCAGAAUAUUGCGCUCCAGGUCCCGCCCUCCCUCACGUCAAAACACAGGCUCUGGACCUUCAUCGGGGCAGGAAGACCUUGUUAGUGCUCCUUCACCCAACGCGUCUAGCAAAUCUGCGAAAGAUGGCGCAACUCCAUAUUCUCGCUCCCCUGAACUUCGUGUAUCACACAAGCUCGCAGAGAGGAAGCGGCGGAAAGAGAUGAAAGAGCUUUUUGACGAUUUGCGGGACCAAUUACCAGCUGACCGUGGCAUGAAAGCAAGCAAAUGGGAAAUUUUGACAAAAGCCAUCGAAUUUGUUUCGCAUCUGAAGCAAAGUCAUCAGCACAUGGUGCAAGAGGUGGAACUAUUAAGACGAGAGGUGGAAACAUUGCGCCAAGGAGGAAUGCAGGCUUUCCCUCCUAGUGGGCCGCAAUCGCACCCAGUCGCGUACGGGCAAGUCCCCCCCAUGGCGGGGCAAUUUCCCCACGCCCCAUCGGGUGUCAUGCAACAGCAUCCCCCAGGUCCCCCCCAUCAUCCGGGACAUCGCCCCGAAUCUUCUCAAAACGUUUACUCUCCUGGUAUCAACCAUUCACCAUCUCAAAAUGGCAACGUUCAUCGACCUGAUGGAGGCGCCACUUCAUGA